AUGCUGUUUCACAAUAACAUAGGAAGGUACAAUCAAAAGCCUAAAAGCAUUCUCCCACAAAUGUGUCUAAAAUACAAUUGCAAAAUAUCUCGAAGCACCGAAGUUACUCUGUUUGGGAAUGUAUUUAAAAUGAAGGAGCAAAAAUCAAGGGGAUUAAAAAUACAAAGCGCAAUUAAGAUAAAAUACAAAUAA